ACAAUUUUAAAGAUCUUGGUCUCAGGAGGUGGAAAAUCCCGAACAGGAGUGAUGAUCCCUAUACCACAAUAUCCCUUAUAUUCAGCAGCCAUAUCUGAACUAGAUGCUAUCCAAGUGAACUACUAUUUGGAUGAAGAAAAUUGCUGGGCUCUAGAUGUGAAUGAACUUCGCCGUUCCUUGAAUGAAGCUAGGGCAUAUUGCAAUCCAAAAGUCCUCUGCAUCAUCAACCCCGGAAAUCCCACAGGCCAGGUGCAAAGCAGAAAGUGCAUUGAAGAUGUGAUACACUUUGCUUGGGAAGACAAACUUUUUCUUCUGGCUGAUGAGGUUUACCAGGACAAUGUGUACUCUGAAGGAUGCCAGUUUCAUUCUUUCAAAAAGAUUCUGUAUGAGAUGGGACCUGAGUACUAUAACAAUGUUGAGCUGGCCUCUUUUCACUCCACCUCUAAGGGAUACAUGGGCGAGUGUGGCUACAGAGGAGGUUACAUGGAGGUCAUUAACUUGCAUCCAGAAAUUAAAGGACAGCUUGUUAAGCUGCUUUCUGUUCGCAUUUGUCCUCCAGUUUCAGGACAAGCAGCAAUGGAUAUUGUAGUGAAUCCUCCAAUACCUGGAGAAGAAUCUUACUCUCAGUUCAUAAAGGAGAAGGAGUCUGUUUUGAACAAUCUUGCCAAAAAAGCCAAACUAACAGAAGACAUGUUUAACAAGGUACCAGGAAUUCAUUGCAAUCCACUUCAAGGAGCUAUGUAUGCUUUCCCACGGAUCUUUAUUCCUUCCAAAGCCAUUGAGGAAGCAAAGGCUCAUAAAAUGGCACCUGAUAUGUUCUAUUGCAUGAAACUUCUGGAAGAGACUGGAAUAUGUGUUGUACCUGGAAGUGGAUUUGGCCAAAGAGAAGGAAGCUACCAUUUCAGAAUGACCAUUCUUCCUCCAGUAGACAAGCUGAAGAUCCUACUGGAGAAAGUGAAAGACUUCCACAUAAAGUUUCUUGAAAAAUAUGCAUGAAACUAGUGUGGCUUUUCCCCCUCAUCCCCUCUUCCAGGUGAAUGCAGAAAAUGAACAAAGAUGUGCUGAGAAUGUGCUGUUCAUCUAACUUAACUAAAUUCAAAAUAGAUAGAACCAAUCUCAGAUACUGCUACAACUUAUUGGACUAUUACAUUUAAUGUCUGGUAUAGAAGACAUUGUUACACUAACUUUUUUUUUUUAAGGGGAAAAGG